AUGGAUGACAUGCACUAGAAUAUAAUUUAACCUUAUGAAGAUUUCUCUGCAAAUUACUUUUAAACAAACAGUACCUUAAUUAUAAAAGCAAAAGAGUUCCUUAAGCAAGUCUAGACUCAAAGAGAAUCCCUAUUUAAUAAAUAGCAAGUUUAUCUAAAGACAGCUUAUGACUUAGAAAAAAAGAAGAAUUCUAAAUAAUUGCAGUCAAAAGCUGACGAGUUAUUUGUAGAUUACAGAUAAGAAUUAACUAUUGUCAAUUAAUUAUGGCAUAUAUUUAAUGAAAAAUUUAAAUCCCAAUUUGAUGAAUAUGAUUAAAAUGAAUUAGCAAGAACUCAACUUACCAAAACGACUUCAGAAAAUGUUGUAUCUCAUAUUUCAAAAGUUACUAAUAUUCUGAAUUCUAAAUUACAAUAAGUGUUGGCUUCUUCAAAUGAAAAGUUCUCUCUUAUACACCAGAAACAUUCAAAUGAAAAGCAGCCAGUUUUAAAAAACAUUAUGAGGAAUAGGACCUUCAAUGUGUUCAAGGUUACAAAAUAGGAUAAUUUUAUAACGUAUGAGGAUUGGAUUGCAAAUAUUAAUUCUCAUGAUAAAUUUGAUCCUAUUAAUCUUUAAAAGUUUAAGUUAACAUAAUAAAUGGAAUAACAAAUAAACAUAUUGAUAGAUUUAGUAUAGCAGGCAAAAACAUAGGAUUAUAAUAAAUAAUAAUUCUAAUCCGUAUUAGAUAUUGAUUUUGAAACUUUAUUUUAAUGUUAGGAUACAAGAAUUAAACUACUUGAUAGUAUAAUCUAAAUCAUAGAUUAAGCACCUACAGAUGUCAUUGUAAUUAAUCCAUCAUCUAAUGAUCUUUUAAUAUUAAUUGCUAAACAUUUAAUUCUAAACCUACAAAAAGAUCAAAAUUUUAAUGUAGUAGAAUUCAAUUAACUGCUAAACUUUAUUACAUAAUUUGGAAUGAGAGAAAAAAAUCAGUUUAUUGCAAUAGGACAACAAGCUAGUGAAAAAACAUUCUUGUUUUAUGAAAAAAAUAAAUGGCAAUAAUUAUUAUUGUAUUUAAACGAAAAAGAAAACAUGUCAAACACUAAUAAAUGUGAAAACCACAAUUAAAAUAAUAGUAGACAUACCAAACCAAAAAAAACCUAAAUAAUUAAUUUAUUAUAUUAAAAAAAGAGAAUAAUAAAUGAAAAAAUGACUCAGGAACAAAGACUCAACUAUUUAAAAGUUUUAUUGAAUUUAUAAAAGAUAUGCUCAAUAAUGCUUAAAUUGGAUAUAAAAAUAGACUAUGCAAGUGAAACUAUAAUUAUCCUAUCUAAAAUGUGUAAUAUUAGAGUACAAGAUAUAGUUUUAUUGUUAGAAUAGUUUGAGUCAAUAAAGAUCUAUAUGGAAUAAAUUUAGCCAUAAUCUCCAAAAACUCAACAGUUAAUAAUGGAAAAAAAGAGAUUAUUUUACACAUUAAAAAAAUGCUUGAAAUAUUUAUCAUUAUCUGAUUAAUUGACAAUUGUGCAGAUUAACAAAGAGUUCUCUUAAUUAAGCAUGAAGAUUAAAUAGCGAUACUUAUGUUUAAAUAAUCUAACAUAAAGAUCAUCAAUCAAGCGAAAACUUUUAUGGACUAGUUUAUUGCAGCCAGAGAGCAUCUAACUUGAUUACUACAAGUUAAAGGAAAAAUACUCAAAAUAAGCUGGAGUAAAGGAAGCCACUUUAGAACAUUAAAUUGCGUAAGAUGUUUAGAGAUCAUUUAAUAGUGGAGGCUAACAGAGCAAAAUUAAUCAUCUCACAUUGCAUAAUUUACUUAAGUUAUACGCAUAUUAUAAUAAUACAAUCUCCUAUACGCAAGGGAUGAAUUUUGUUAUGGGCUUCAUAUACACUAUAAUGAUUGAAGAAGAAUUAACAUUUAGAUGUUUUGCAGCUUUGAUUAAUCAAUUAUUGAAAGAUGUAUUACUCUAUGAUCUCAAAUACAUAAGAGUGUUCUUUUAUAAGUUGGAUAGAAUAUUGGCAAUAUUUAUGCCAAAAAUUCAUCAGCAUUUGAAAGAGGAGAAAAUUGAAGCAGGUCAUUAUUCAGCCCCAUGGUUUAUAACUUUAUUUACUGGAUCAUUUAUGAAAAAUGAAUUUUCAACUGUUCUUUUUGAUAUAUGGGAUGUAUUAUUAAGUCGCGGUUGGUGUGGAUUUUAUUAAAUUAUUUUGGGAAUAUUUUAGACUUACGAGGACAAGAUAUUAUCUAUGAAAUUUGAUGUUUUAUUAUAAUUUUUAAAUAAUUUGAGUAAGGCUGAAUUUUUCACAUAAAAUACUGAUGAAAUAGCAUCUUUAAAAACUUUGAAGUAUCGUGCACUCAAAUUCAAGGUUACAAACAAAAUGAUUGAAGAAUUAGAUAAAGAAUACUACCUCGUAAGAUAGAAAAUAAAUAAUUUAAUGAACUCUUGA